GUAGUCAAAGAAUAACAUACAUUAAUAAUGGAUUUUGUAGACAAUGUGCACAAAAAGAAUAUAACUAUAGAAAAAAAAAUAGGUUACGGUUCAUUUGGUGAUGUCUUUAAAGCGAUUUGGGGACAACGCAUUGUAGCUGUUAAAUCUAUUGAUUAUCAUGAUGAGAAAACAAAGCAGAAAGUAGAUAAGGAAGUAAAACACCUAUCGACUGUUUGCCAUGAAAAUAUUAUAAGAUUAUACGGCGUUAGCCUUGACGCGCAGGCUCAAAAAACUCUUUUAAUAAUGGAAUAUGCUGAGAAUGGUUCGUUAUAUGAUUAUUUACAUAACAGCCAACGUAGCGUUGCAUAUGAUGGUUUACUUAACUGGAUGCUACAGUUGGCCAAGGGCUUGGCAUAUUUGCAUGGCAGAGAACCAAAAAUUAUGCAUCGCGAUGUUAAGACUAAGAAUAUGGUGCUCACCAAUCAAUGUCUUACAUUAAAGAUUUGUGAUUUUGGUUUGGUUAGGGCAGUAGCCACGAAUAAUACCCGUGAAGUUGGCACUAUAGCAUAUCAAGCACCAGAACUCGCGUCUACAACUAGUUACGAUGAAAAGUGCGAUGUUUAUAGCUUUGGUAUAGUGCUAUGGGAAGUAAUGUCUAGAAAGCAGCCAUUUAAAGAUCUUAAUGCUCUUACCAUCAUAAAUUUAGUUAAUAAUGAACUGAAGCGUCCGGAUAUAGCUGAAGUCAAGCCUUAUAAAAACUCAGGCCACAUAAGAGAAUUGAUAAAGCUGUGUUGGCAACAGGAUCCUUCGAAACGUCCCAGCAUGAAGGGCCUGGCAUUUAUUUUAAGCAUUGAUCCACAAUCUUGUCCGCAAGAUUUAAUACUUAAGCUCAAAUAUUUACCACCAGCUGACAUUGCGUAUUAUCCGCAAGAAAAACAUUAA